UAGUAAGAGAAAUGAUUUUAUUGGCUCUACUGACAGCCAAAUCCACCGUGAUAUUCCUUGAAUAAAAUUCUAUCAGCGUAGCCUAACCUGUGCCCAGCUCUACUUCUUUUAGUCCAGUGGCCCCGCAAAGAUGAAAGGGGUGUUGUUUGUGGCGCUGGUGUGUGCGGUUGGCUUGACCACCGUAGACGCUAAGUACGGGUUCUCCUCUCUAUACAACAUGGUGUUUGGCCGACCAGGGUGCAACAACGGGUGUGGGCCCUUCAGCUGCUGCACUCCGGCUAGGGGUUGCUCCUUCGUUGAGCCCGUAGACUUUGACAUCUCUGAGUUUUCUCCCUUCAUGUUCGUUGUCUUCACAGUAGCAACUGCUGAAGUUUACAGGAUAGACAACGUAUGCUACUCCUUCAUCGUUGACGAAGAUGGAGACUCUGCCUUCUCAAGAUCUAUAGUCUUUGAAGAUGGCACCAGAAAUAUAAAGACUUUUGAAGCUACAGGUGUGGCUGACAACGUUUUCAAUGCUCAAGGUGGACCGUGCAGGUUUGACUUUGAAGUGACCGCUGUUAUACAGGAGUUGGAAUGUCUAAUCAGUCCUAUCUACAUCCUAAACAGAUGUUUCUGCAGCGAGUGCUGCAACGAAGACUCCAUGGUGAUUGCUGUGACCAACAACGUGUUGUUGGACGAGCUGUGUAUCGGAAAGGCCAUUGCAAUUGCUGAGGAACAGUUCCCUUGCUUCAUCUUCCGUUCCAUGCCCAACCUGCUCCUCCCCAGUUGUAUACCUCCUCUCAACAUCCUUGUGGAUCUGCCACUACCGCUCUUAUAAGCUGUCGUUAUCCACCGAGAACUGCAACUGUUACUUCUUUGUAACCGUUGCGAGUAACAGUUACUCCCGUUCAUUUCAGUCCUCGCGCUAAAUGUACACUACUCAUUGUAUUUUACCCUGUUUACGUUUUAGCAUUUUUUACAAUAUACGGAAGGAAAAUGAAUUUCUGUAAUAGCACCAUGAUGUAUGUAUGUAAAAUACUGAAUAAGGUUUAUCUAAUACAAGAUAAGAAUAUUUUAGUUGUAAUAAAGAUUUGUUACAGUAAAA